UAUGAAGCAGAAAAGAAAGUCUUAAAAACUUUGUUAGCAUCUCUGAGCAAGAUUUCAUUAACUACUGAUAUGUGGAGAUCAACUCAUCAAGUAGCUGAGUAUAUGGUUUUAACUGGACAUUUUAUUGAUGCUGGGUGGAAUCUUCAAAAGAGGGUCUUGAGUUUUGUUAAAGUGCCUGCUCCUCGGCGUGGUAUAGAUGUGGCAGAUGCUAUAUUCAAGUGUCUGAAAGUUUGGGGGAUUGAAGAAAAGGUAUUUUCUGUAUCAGUUGACAAUGCUAAGUACAAUGAUUCUUGCUUGAAGAACCUUAAGGAUGACUUAUUGCUCGACAAUAAGUUAGUCCUUAAUGGUAAGUUGUUUCAUGUAAGAUGUUGUGCUCAUAUUCUCAAUUUGCUAGUCCAAGAUGGACUCGGUCAGAUAAAAGAUAUCAUUCAUAAUGUUCGAGAGAGUGUGAAGUAUAUUAAUUUCAAUGAUUCAAGAUUGAAAUCAUUUUCUAAUAUUGUUGUGCAAAAACAUUUGAAAGAAAGAAUGCUCAUCCUUGAUUGCCCGACAAUGUGGAAUUCAACUUUUAAGAUGUUAGCGUGUGCUUUAAAGUUCAAGAUUGUUUUCCCUGCCUACAAGAAAAGAGAACCACAUUAUAACAAUGAGCCAUCUUUGGAAGAAUGGCGUAAGGUUGAGAAGGUUUGUCAACUUUUAGAGGUUUUCAAUUCUGCCUCUGAUGUCAUGUCUGGCAGUGAUUACCCAACUGCCAAUCUGUACUUACCUGAAGUUUGGAGAGUUAAACACAUUAUUGAUAAAGCUGCAGAAGAUAAAGACUUAUUCAUGAGACAAAUGGCAGCUGCAAUGAAAGAAAAGUUUGAUAAAUAUUGGGGGGAAUGCAAUCUAUUGAUGUCCAUUUCAAGUGUCUUAGAUCCCAGGUGCAAGUUUCAUGUUGUCAAUUAUUGUUUUCCAUUGAUUUAUAAACCUGAAACUGUGGCUAAAGAGAACAUGGAACUGGUUAUGACUUCGUUGAAGUUUCUUUACAAAGAAUAUGUUGAAUUGAGCAACCAAGGUGAAAUUGCUAAUGGUGUGACUGAGACUAGUGUCAACAGUUCUUCAUCCAAUAUGCUACGUUCUGGAGCAGGCACUGGCUUUGAGCAAAUUAUGCGCAUUGUUCGUGAAAAGCAAGCGAUACCACCAACAAAAUCUGAGCUAGAAGUGUACCUUGAGGAUGAUCUAUAUAUCCCUGAUUCUAGUUCUCUCUCUUUUUGUGCACUGGAGUGGUGGAAAAAUAAUAGCAUGAAGUAUAAGGUUUUGUCAAAGAUGGCUGCGGAUAUCCGAGCUAUUCCAAUCACAACAGUUGCAUCAGAGGCUACAUUUAGUGCAGGAGGAAGAGUAAUUGAUGAAUAUCGUUCAAGGCUAAAUGAAGAAUCUGUUUCAGCACUUCUAUGUGGUGGGGAUUGGCUUCGCAAAAAAUAUAAUUUGAGAAAAUCAAAAAAGGUACGUGAGUUUCAAGAAGAGGAAGAGAUAAUGUUGAAGAUUUGAAGCUUUAUUGGUCCUUUGGGCUGCUUACUUGGGUUUGGUGCCAAAAUGCUCCAUUAUGGUUGCUUUGUUAGAGAAUUUUUUUUUGUUCUUAUUGUUUUGGUUGUGACUUUGUGGACCAUAUAUUCUGAAAACUCUCCUUUUUGUUAUGGAUUGUUAUGGCUGAG